AGGUCGAGCUCAUUGGUUCAAGAUAAAAGCUUCUAGCGAGCAAGAAGGGAACUAACAGCUACUCCUCGGUUUUAAUUCCCGGCAGUCGUUCUUAGUACAACAUACGGUGAGGUUAAGCGCGUGCAUUGUGAACUAAAUUGUCGCUUGAAAUAGUAUCGCAUAAGAACGAGGAGAAAAAGUGGACUAAUUCGAUUGUUGCGAUGGAAAUCGAGCUCUGUGAGCUCGCCAUAUUUAAUGUAAUUCAUUUGUUGUCGUGGGAACAAUUAAUAGUGACAUCGCGAGAGUUGGAUUGCUGUGUUGAAUGGUAACCAUACUUUGAAAUACUUCACUGGCCUCAAGACUCAACUCAGACUUACAGAAAAUCAUGUCCAGCUUCGAUCCAGAGAUGCCAGCGAUGUCUGCUGAGGUGCAGGAAGAGCUGCUACCUAUGCAGGGACCGCCCCUCGGCUUCCAGAACCUACGUCUGCGGCGUCAGAGUAUUCGAGUGACGCGGCACAAGAAGGGCUUAAAGGGCCCUCUGCGGGCCUUACGGCUAUGUAUCCUCAGUGUGCUGUUACCGGGGCUCCUGGUCGCUGUGCCCCUCUACAUGCGCUUCCACGUCUAUGGGGAACAGCUCUACCCUGUAGGCAUGUCUGACAUGCGAGUCCUGGACAACAGGAUGUCUACCACGUGGUGCCAGCGACAGCUUGUCCGAGCGAACACCACUUUCAAUGCAUUCCUCAUGCCAGAGCAGCCGGGACUGGAACCCGAACCUAUGAGAGUGUCGAUGACGCGACACCUGGAGCUCGACGACGACAUGAAGGAGUACUGGGCCUUCUACUUGCUGCAAGGGUCAUCCGUUACGGUCUCCACGUGUGUCAGGUGGCCCGGCGCAUCCCUCAUCGUCAUCCGGGGCCAUAAACACUUGCAUCAGUGCGCAUACAUCGGGGACGAUUCGUCAGAGGAACUUGAGGAGAUGGAAGGGAAUUUGGAGGAGUGGCCAAUGACAUCGGUACAUGACCCCAACCGAACAAAAAUUACAACAGAUAUUCACUCGUCUACAAACGGCGAAAACAGUAACGAGAUGAACGAGCCGGCAAAAAUGAGAAGAGUUCGACCUGGAGUCAUGUUUCACGCGAGCAAGGGCCCUAUUAAUUCCCACGAAAAGUUGGAACAUGGAGAUGAUGGUGACUCUGAUGAUAUAGAUAACAUUGUAAUACAGUUAAUUCGAAACGUGGCCUGGGCAAAAAGCAGGAUUAAAGCAAAGAAUGCUGUUAAUAAUUCGCCUUCUAAAUCAUAUUCAAGAGAAUAUAAGGUGUCGACUGAAUCGCCUAGAAGUGAUGUUUCAAGUAAGAGUGACGAGCACAGUUCUGCAUUGACGUCUAGUGAAGUAUUUGAGGAUGUUCUCAGAAGACUCCAACGACUAGGAGACCGUGGCAGAAGUGUUCUAAGGCGACUGAACUCUCAGAUGGGUAAUAUUCUUCCCAGCAAAGACGACGUAAAUGGUUACGAAAGUUUUAACACUUUGAGAAACUUAAUUCGUGACAUUAUACUGGAGCAGGACUUUGGAAAUCAUAACGGGAGUGAAGGUAUGCUGGACAGAAGUCGCAGGGGAAUCACACUGGCACCUCCGAGUCUGCAGGAAUCUCUCAACAUGCACGCUGAGGACGAGGAUGCAGCCAAUGAGGAGGGAUUUCAGCCCGACGGGAUUGCAGACCACCACCAGAUGGUGAAUGAGACGACUCUUAACGACCGAUCCAAGAGUGAAUUCUGGUCUUCGUUCUCCAGCAGUGAGGAGAGGCUGCUGUCGUGCGCGGGGCUAAUCCUCAAUCUGCCCCUAAGCCCGCACAGCAAGUGUAGCAAACAUCGGUCACAUCACGAGCACACUGUUGCGGCCCAUGAGAACACCAUCACUUACAAGAUUCCAAGGAACGGGUACUACUUCUUCGUAUUCAGCAGUGAGAACGAAGUGCAAACAAACUACAUUCGAGUUCAUUUUGACCUUGAGAAGAGGAUGUACAAUGUGUCCAACUCGAUGGCGGCCUGCAGGAACUCCACCGAGUCGUGCUCACUGCCCCUCCACUUCUUCUCCAGUGAGAAAGUGGUCCUGGAGCUACCAGUCCGCCCGAACGAGUCCCUCUGGAAUGAGGAGUUCAUUGCAGUGUCCACAUGUGAGCCGCGGACUGCCCUCUACCUGGGCUGUGUCAUCGCUGUUCCUCUGUUUAUCCUUAUGUUUGCCUUUCAGUAAAGCCACAUUUCUAGUUGCUUUCAUUUAUUGAGAGCGCAGAAAUGACUUAUACUGCCCUUUUAUUUUUGGUGACCGCUGGCCUGUGGGAAGAAGGAGUUAAUAUCAUAAGAGGUACUGAUGUACCGUGCACAAAUUUUCUGUUGCGUCACUAACAUUUUGACUGGCGUCUUUCUCUCCUGUCUGGUUGUUCACAUAGUUCUCCAAGGAAUAUGUGGUAACACUAAAUACCAGUGUUAUUGUUCCCUGAAAUAUUACCACGAUAAACUUUCCUCAUUUGACCACUCUCGCACUCAACCAUCAGAAGACUGACAUACAAAUACACCCAAAAUCCAAAUUGUACUUGACCAACUUUACUACGCAGAAAAAUUCAGCAGCCUCCAUAAAUUAAUAGUACUGUGCCGUGGGUGCGUGAUUUCCGCCCCCCUCCUCUUCUUGUUUUCGCCCAAAGAACGUUUCUGCUUACGUGUUUCAUGAAUGUUGACUCCUGCAAGCGGAAGAUAUAUUCUGCCUUAAAUUCUGUAAUAUUUAUGUAACCAGUUGUUGUUGUAAUCGUUAUCGAGGACAUUAUCAUAGUGAUUGUUCAUGCGUUUGCAAUGUAAAAUUAUCGAACUGUGCGAACAUGCAUGUCCUUUAGUUUUUGUCAUGUGUGGUAAAAAAGAAGAGAGGACUGACCUCCCGUCUCUACAGUUAGACUAGGUUAUUGUUUCUCUGCAAAUGUAAAUAAGUCACUACAGGUCUAUGUUCAGUUCUGUAGAAAUAUCUUGUUCUUGCCAAUUUACUUGCAGGGAACAUAGCGAGAUGUAGUGUCCGAUUCACUUGUUAACUUCACUUUACUUUAUUUUUCUUACUUCCUGUGGGAAACAUUUGCAUGCCUUCAGUUGAAAUUGGCACAGACGUUUAAAACGAUUAAACGUUAAAUAGAACUGUUUAUAAGCCUAUAGUGUGUUCAAGUGGCAUACAGUGUUUUUUUAAUAUGUGACUAUGUUGAAGACAGCCUCACUCGCCCCACUGUUUAACAUCACAUUUUGAAUAUUAAUAUAGCAGUGGGUCGCAUGAUUAAUAGCAGUAUAUAAGGGCCUAUUUACUGGGACAAAUUGAUGAGUGGUUUCUUUCAUUCAUUGCAUUUCAAAGCCCAACAGCAUACUACUGUUGAAGUAUCGAUAAAUUAUUGUUUUUAUCAUUGACAGACAGGUAGUCCAGGGAGACCUAGGUCGGUAUAGAUGGGAGGCUAAUAUUAAAAUGGACCGUAGAGCAUGAUCGUAACAAUAUUUUUGAGGAUGAAGAUGGCUGUCUUGAGGGUUGCUGCGCCGUGUAGUCUUGUUGAAGUUUACCGAUGUUUCAGAGGUACUCACUGCCACCAUCAUCGGGAACCAGAAUACACAAUCUAGAAGACAGCCAUCAUCACAAUUGCUGCCGUGAGAACCAGAUAUCUUACUCAGUAUUAUCGAAGUCUGAAGAUUUCUGAUGACGAUGCGUUAUAACAUGUAAAAUUGUUCUUUUGGGCUUUGUCCAACUUCUAAAUCAUAAAAUUGUAAAACUGCAAUGUUUCUGACGUUGGAUUCUGCUUCCGAAACAUUCUAGUUUUAUAAUUUAUAUUGUAUGAGAUGGACGAAAGUCAAAAACAAGAAUUUUACAUAUCAUAACAAUAUUAUAUCUAGACUAUUGCCAUUUUUAAAUGCCUUUGAUAGUCGAAUAAUUAAGUCUGUAUACUUAAUGUCUAAAAGUAAAGUUCCCUCUCUAAGAACCACCCCAUAUGAGCAUAUUUUCUCUUCGCAUUCUUUACCUCUACGCAUGAAGGAUGCAAGUGGUUAACGUCGCUCUAUAUCACUGAAUAUAGGGGCUCUGGUAUCCAUUACGUUGGAAGCUGAGCGGGCCUCAAACCUGUCUGGACGUGGUGACAUAUUUCCGUUUCUGCCAGGAUUUUUAUCCCUAUUAUUCGUUCUAUAAUCGGCCAGUUCAGUGGUUGGGUUACCUAGAGCACAUAGUUGGAAAAUAGUAUCUGGAAAUAUUAUUGAAGAGUAAAAACAAUACCAUAUUUCUGAGGCCGUUAAUACGUUCUUCAAAAUAGGUUGUUUCUAAAUCCGGUUUUCUUCUGGUCAUACGCCGUAUGAGGAGGUCUGAAUUGUGAAAUACUAAGCUGAAUCAGCACACACAAAAAUACUACAAAUUACUGGAACGAGAAUAACAGUUUCUUAUCACCGAGAAAAUUAAUGUCCUUUAUGUCUUGAAGUUAGUCCUCUAGUAUUCUUUGACGACUGUGAAACGUCUACUUACGUAGGCGACGUUUAUUAUGUUAAUGGCUGCCUCUAGAUGGAAAUUGAAACAGUUUAUUUGCUGCAAAACAGAUUUAUAUCUUUACGAAAUUCUGUGAUUAUGACACUUUUAUUUUGAAACAUUUGAAUUGGUUUUGGGCCAGUUCCAAUGUAUUUUCAAAAACUGAAAUCAAAUAAAGUCUAAGGAUAGAAAUUGGUUUCAUGCUUAACUACUUGUUUCUUCACAUAAGUUACUACUUACUGUGUUGUCCAGACGAGUAUUUUUAAAGAUUACGAACUGGAAUAACAAUUCCAAAUGGUUACAAUAACAACUGGAUAUUCCGUACUUACUUCAUUAAGGCUCUAAUAUGAAGAAGUUACUCUUCAAAACUUGUGUUCUUAAUAAUAUUCUUCGCAGUUUUCUUGUGUGUCUAAAUGUUUAAUUUUUGUUCUUGAAAAAAUGGUGGGAUUUGAUACGUUUUUAAUAUUGUUGCAAUAGUAUAGUUUGAAAAUAAUAUAUAAUUUGUGUCUCUUUAUACGGACAUUUACAGGCACAUAAGAAUCUCAUGGCUCUAUUAAGUAACAAAUAAUCAGAAUCAAUAAUUGCAUGCUUAUUGUACUUUUGAGAGAUCGCCAAAAGCAAUUUCAGAAAGAAAAAUUAAUGAAUUAUUUUAAACAGAGUGUCAUGUUAAGAAAAACGUUUAAUAUUCAGAGCAAAUUGACGAUUCCUGUUAUGUUGAAACACGCUUACAUGAGGUUUUAGUGUAUUGGACCUAAAUUUUCUGAUUCACUCUCUGGAAAAAGAGUGCCAAAUGUGGUACCAAUAUCUGCCUCUCACCGGUGAAGUACAAAUGAACUUAUUAGUUUGCAUAUCUAAUUUCUAAUAGUACAUAGAGACAUGUUUACCAUUAGUAUAAAAAUUAUCGCCUUUUGUGAUAUUGCAAUUGAAGACAUAUCACAAGCACCUAUACUUGUAAUUAAUAUUAAUCGCGAGGGCAUAUGAUAUAAAUCAAUUUGUGAUAGGCCUACAUAUCCAUCUUUCAAGAAACGGUCCCUCAAUUUCUAAAGGAGACUGGCCCCAAGUUACAAUUUGCGGACUUGGAUCUGUCAUUAGUUGAAUAACUACUAUAUUUAGAUACACAGAUUUGUUCUGUAUUACUCUACAUUCAGUUUUCUCCACGUGCUAAGCGCAUGUCUUGGCUUAAUUCCAAAAUGUAACAUGUGUGCAGGACAAAGCGUAGAAAAUAUUUCCACAUUUCCCUUUCUAGCAUAGCGAAUUCUGUCUCUGCCGCAUUACAAUCCAUAAUAUGCUACCCAUGGUGACUGGAAGUGUUUUUAGUCAAUUCCGUCAGCUAAGAAAGAUACUUCAACACUCCACUGUACGAUUUAAAUUAAACGGCGGAUGCCACACCGAGAGAGAAAACUUCAGUGUUCAUAGUGACGGUGUUGUCUGAAAACACAACAGUAGGCCCACAUUUUUGUGAUGUGAUAUCACUGUCACAUAGUGUAAAUUUAACCCCUAAAAGUUACAACUUGACAUAUUACAAAAAUUGCCGGUAUUAUUCCAACAAAGUUCAGUGGUUAUCUGGCCUGUGAGAUCGCUGACGUCUGUACUUAAUAAACUGAAUGGUAGGGUAGAAUGAAUAUUUUCGUUUCCCGCCACAUAGCCAUUUACCUAGGUUGGGAUACAUUUCGAGUGGUAUUAAACCUUGUAUAUCUUGUCCUUCGCGUCUCUAAACUGCAACAUGCCAACUACAAAGGUGUUAAUAUUAUCUACGCUUUCUUAAAUUUUACCAUUACAUAUAUACAUGGUACUUUUUUAUUUAGGAUCACUGGAAUACAAACAUAUGUACAAAAAUGAAUGUUGUAUUUCUUUGACAUUUGUAUCUAGAACAGCGUAGAGGCUUUAUAAUACAAAGUGAAGCAUCAAACUUUUCUGUUGUGAAUCUUAUGCUAAGAUACACGCGAUCCUAUCCAAGAUUUUUAUGGUAAUUACUUUCAAAGAAUGAUCAUUCAUAGAAUUGUCUGCUGUUAUUAGCCCUUCCCAUGUUACGCACGAGAUAUUUCUCUCAGAAGCACAGUCCGUCUGUCGUCUAGUUUAUUUUUUGUGUCAGAUCAGCGAAAGAAAUUUGCCCUAUCAUGUUAAUUAUUUCACUAAUUGUUAUGUGGCCGUUCAAAGAUAGAAUUUAAACUGUGUUAUAUAGGUUUAACUUACUUAUAAAGAAGGUUUAUUCUUCAAAUAUAGCAUGGAAAGGGUUAAGAUGAGAAGUAUGUAUGUAAAGCUUAAAAUACAUGUCUAUGGGAGCCAUAAAAAUCCUGCUAUUAUUACCUGUCACAUUAGUAAUGAAUUUGAGACAAGGAGAUUAAGAUUUGUAACCAAUGGUAAUACGGGUAUGUACUGAAAUUACCUAGUCUCAAUAUAUUUUUAUACAUUAAUAUAUGCUUAAUUGUUACUUUCAUAGAGAAUCUGAUAGCUGUUAUGAAGUAUUCUCUUUCGGUAAGGAGAUGUCUGUUUCAAUAAAACUUGUAAUAAAAUAUGAUUCAUUUGAUGGCAUAUUCGCA